AUGGCGCGCUUCCUGCUCUGGCCUUCCGUCCUGCUGUCGGCCACGCUUGCGCAGGCGCUCGUGGUCUCGUCGGGUGGCAGCGCCUCUCGUCUGCGGCAGCAACGCGAGCGGGCCGGCGAGAAUGCAGUCUAUUUCAUCAUGGGCGGGCCGGGCUCCGGGAAAGGGACGCAAUGCGCGCGGCUGGUGGAGCACUUUGACGCGACCCACCUCUCCGCCGGCGACCUCCUCCGCAGCGAGGCGACCAUCCGCAAGCGCUUCCGCACCUACCUCGACGAGUCGAUGCCGGUGGUGGAGGCGCUGGAGGCGCGGGGCUUGGUGCGGCGCGUCUCUGCCGAGGGCUCGGCCGACGCGGUCUUUGCUGCCGUGCUCGAUGCCUUUGCGGACCAGCGACUUGGCGCCACGCGAGCCACCGGAUGA